GUCAGCAACUCCAGAAUGUGGCAGCUCAUGGGCCUCUUCCUUUUCGUGACCACGUGGGGGACUUCCGGCACACCGGCUCCUUCUGAACUGGUGUUCUCCAGCAGCGAGCGUGCCCACCAGGUGCUGCGGAUCCGCAAACGUGCCAACACCUUCCUGGAGGAGCUCCGGGCCAGCAGCCUGGAGAGGGAGUGCAUGGAAGAGAUCUGUGAUUUCGAGGAAGCCCUCGAGGUUUUCCAAAAUGUGGAUGACACACUGGCCUUCUGGUACAAGUACCACGACGAGGACCAGUGUUCGGCUGCGCCCCCGGAACACCCUUGCGACACCCCCUGCUGCGGGCAUGGCAAGUGCAUCGAUGGCCUGGGCUCCUUCACUUGUGACUGCGGCCAGGGUUGGGAGGGCCGCUACUGCUUGCACGAGGUGAACUUCUCCAACUGCUCGGUGGACAAUGGCGGCUGCGCGCACUACUGCCUGGAAGAGGCGGAGGGACGCCGCUGCCACUGCGCGCCCGGCUACCGCCUAGGGGACGACCACAGGCAGUGCCAGCCCACCGUGAAGUUCCCUUGUGGGAGGCCAGGGAAGCAAAUAGAGAAGAGGCGCAAAAACUUGAAACGUGAUACAAAACAAGAAGACCAAGUAGAUCCACGGCUUGUCAUGGGGACACUGACCAAAUGGGGAGAAAGCCCCUGGCAGGUGAUUCUACUGGACUCAAAGAAGAAACUGGCCUGCGGGGCGGUGCUCAUCCACACCUCCUGGGUGCUGACGGCGGCACACUGCAUGGAGGACUCCAAGAAGCUCAUUGCCAGGCUGGGGGAAUAUGAUCUGCGGCGUUGGGAACACUCAGAGAUAGACCUGGGCAUCAAAGAAGUCCUCAUUCACCCCAACUACAGCAGGAGCACCACUGACAAUGACAUCGCGCUGCUCCGCCUGGCCCAGCCCGCCACCCUCUCACAGACCAUUGUGCCCAUCUGCCUGCCAGACAGUGGCCUGUCAGAGCGGGAGCUCACAAAGGUGGGACAGGAGACCAUGGUGACAGGCUGGGGCUACCGUAGUGAGACCAAGAGAAACCGCACCUAUGUCCUCAACUUCAUCAAGAUCCCAGUGGCUCCACACAGUGAGUGCGUCCAGGCCAUGAACAACCUGGUCUCAGAGAACAUGCUGUGUGCCGGCAUCCUGGGGGACCCACGGGAUGCUUGUGAGGGUGACAGUGGGGGACCCAUGGUCGCCUCCUUCCAUGACACCUGGUUCCUGGUAGGCUUGGUGAGCUGGGGUGAGGGCUGUGGGCGCCUCCACAACUACGGUGUCUACACUAAAGUUAGCCGCUACCUUGACUGGAUCCAUAGCCACAUCAAAGCCAAUGAGGCCUCCCCAGAGAACCAGGCACCCUAGAGCCCCUCCAGCUUGGGUUUGCUUCUCAGAGUCCACUCUUGGAAUGGGGGCUGGGCUGUGAAAUGUAGUAAUGUUUGAAACA